GUGAAUGCAGCAGCAGAUGCGGGUCUUAUUUGUUCUCUCCAGCAGGAGGGCGUUCCGCCGACAAACAUACAAAUACAGUGUCGUGAAUUAUGCCGGUGUACGUGCUUCAUAUGUAGAUGCUGUCAAAGCUUAGGGUUGUAUCUCAAGAGUUAGUUUAAAGUCCCGGACCAGGCCUUCCUGGAUGUUAGCCCUCCUGGUGGCAUCACUGCCGGGGGAAAGGCGACAGAGGAGGCCAGGCUCGGAGACAUGGAGGCUAACCGUCUUCACGGAGGGAGUGAGCUGUAGGACGUGGUGAUUUCUGUGAGCCUAGAAUGGACCCUGCACACAUCGGAGGGGACAUGUCUCCUCUGCACGUGCCCAGAAAGAGGAGGUCUGUCCAGUCACAACCUAAAGGUGGUGUGCCAUGUCCAGUUGUUCAGCGAUUACCAGAAAGAACCUGUGACUUAAAUUCAGUUGGAUAUCCCAAGAAUGACGAGUCUGAAGCCCAGGAUGCUCUGAAGAUGAAGAGAACUUAUGGUAGAAAAAGGUACGAGGACCUCCAGAGUGUUUCCAUAGGAACAGUAGAUUACCCAACCACCAGCUGCUCAGUGAUGUCAUCAGGUGGCCUGGCCAAUGGGGCAGACCCAGGGUCCAUGGCUCCGCCCACUGCAAGGCUGCCUCCAAGACUGGUGGCGAAGGAUGUGUGGCCCCAAGGCCCCGAGAGCAGCAGGGAGCAGCCCCAGCCUCAGGACCACAGCUGGAACUCCAGCAGGGACAGAGGCCCCGACGCCUGGGCCCCGGGCCGAGACCGGCCGCAGGAGCAGGUCUGGAGCUCUGGCAGAGACCGAGCGGGACACUCCAGUCAAGACCAGACCUGGAUACCAGGCAGGGACAGGGAACAGACCGGGGCGGACCAGGCCUGGGCGACGGGCCGGGACCGGGGCCCCGAGCAGGGCUGGGCAGCCGACGUAGACCGAGGCCAGGAUCAGGCCUGGAGCGCAGGCAGGGAUCCGGGAAGAGACCGGGCCUCCUCGGGGCCGGAGCAGGCGUGGGGAACCGGCCGAAGCCAAGACCAAGGCUGGAGUAACACGAGCAGAGACAGAGGGCAUGUCUGGAGACCCGACUUGAACAUGAAGAAAGUCCUGAGAGUGGAGCUGGAGCAAGGUCUGCCUGGAAACAAUAGCUUCACUCAGCCACCAGGGGGCAGAGACUCCUGUUCAGAUGCAGCCAGUGAGGCGUCGACGGCCCCGCCCAGCGAGGAGCAGAAGCCCGCCGUCCUCUCCUCCAAGAAGGAGCCUCCCACCUACCCUGCAGGAAGUCAAGAGGAGCGUUAUCAGCUCCAGAUUGUGGCCAAAGGCAGAGUCACCUGUCCGAAGUGUAAAAGUGUGAGCAGGAAGACUGUGGAGGGGCUGAAGAAGCACAUGGAGAACUGCAGACUGCAACCCUUUACCUGCCAACACUGCGGGAAGCAGCUGAAGUCUUCCACAGGGAUGAAGUAUCACGUCAUGGCCGACCACAGCCACCUGCCGUCGGCAGAAGACGCCAAGAACCUGGAUGAUCGUGCCAUCAAAGACAAACUGCGCAAAAUCCUGAAGAGACUGGGCAAGUUAAAAUGCUCUAAAGAGGGCUGCACUGCUGCCUUCACCAGCAUCAUGGGCUACGUGUACCACAUGAAGAAGUGCGGGAAGGAGGAGUCUGAGCUGGAGAAGAUGCUGCUGAACUGUUCUCACUGCGGGAAAACCUACAAGUCAAAAGCGGGUCUGGAGUAUCACCUGAAAUCAGAGCACGCUCCUGCGCCACAGAAGAGCGAGGAAGACGAGGCGCUGAAGGCCCACAGGGAGGCCAACCCGGAGCGGACGGCCAGCGGCCGCGUGCAGCGAGCGUCGGCCCAGGUCGCAAACUUCCACCUGGCUGAGAUCGCCAACAACGAGCUGCCCAAAGACUGGCCCAAGAGGAAGUUUCAGUCGGACCUGGUGCCAGACGACAAGAAGUUGAAGUACGCCCGGCCGGGCCUGCCUGCCUUCAGCCAGGAGGUUCUGAGGAAGUGGAAGAAUGAGGUGAAGCUGCAGAGGAAGGUCCAGUGUCCCAAUCAGGGUUGUGGCUCCAUCUACACCAGUGUGUCCGGGCUCAAAGCCCACCUGGGACUCUGCACGAGGGGCGACUUUGAGGCUGGAAAGUACAGAUGUCUGAUCUGCAACAAAGAGUUCAACUCUGAGAGUGGAGUGAAAUACCACAUCAACUCCGUGCACUCUCAGGACUGGUUCGUGACAAACAAAAAGGCCUCCAAGAAGUUUGAGAAGUUCCUCAAAAACCAGCCCAAGGAGUUUGUGCAUAAUGUGGACAAGCAGAUCGUGGAUCACUGCCACCACCACCAUCAUCAACACCACCUCCAGCAUCACCACCACCAGCAGCAGCAGCAGCAUCACCACCACCACCAUCAGCAUCACCAUCAGCAGCAUCUGCAUCAGCUCCAGCACCCGCCCAUGCAGCACCCUCUGCAGCCGCUGCAUCACCUCCAGCACCAGACGCAGCUCCUCCACGCCGAGCACCAGAUCCUCCCUCCGCAGGUGGACUCUCAGAUGCAGAUGCUCCACUACACCCCUUUGGAGCCUCCUCCCGGUCCCAUGUGGGUGGAUAUGGACCGGGGGGGAGCUGUGCCGGGACCAGAGCAGGCCCCGCUCGAGAUGGAGAUAGCCGAUAUUGACAAACCAAGACAGGACGACGGCGGGAUGGUGGAGGGGAAAAGGAGAGAGAAGGCGGAGAGGGGGAAGGCAGACGGGAAGAGGAAGGAUUGCUUUGCUUUCGGUGGUGGCGGUGGCGGAGGCGGUGACGGUGGCGGCGACGGUAAUACUGGCAGCCCAUCCAGAGAACCAGAGGUGGAGCAGCAGAGACAGCUUGAGCAGUGGGACCUGAAACGGCCGGGCAUCAUGGAGCCGCACGCCGAGUCUGGAAAGGAGCAAAUGAACACUUAAAAAAAAAUCCACCUAAAAAUAAAAACACUUAAACCCUCGUCGCACGUCCGAGCUGAGAGUAACAGCGGUAGAAAGAGAUACCGGCGAGUGUCCCUUCCUUGUUUAUUAGCCGUGACGUAGAAGAACCCACUAGACAAACGCGUGAGAGGCAGCUGACCACAGAGCUGCAACCUUUUAACUUGUAGAAGAAGACGAUGCACCGUGGAGACGAGACGCACUUCAGAUGCUGUUUCUGUCUUGAAGCGGUCGUCGUGUAGACAAAUGUAGUAAACGUUUAUCUGUGUGUUUAUCCGUAACAGAUUGUUUUCACCAACUUUAAAUGUGUCUUAUUCUUUGAUAACCCUUCCUGUCUUUCAUGUUUACCUUGAAGGGGAAUAGUUACAUUAACCUACAGAGAGGCUGCUACAGUAUCGUGUGCCUCUUAAGUAUGAUCUGUGUAACUUCAUGCUUCUCUUUGAUCGGCCUUUCUGCUAUAACUCGAUAGAAAACAGGAUUCGUCACCUUGUCUCUUCCUCUAACAUAUUUCCAUCUGUCAGAUUUUCACUAAAUUCCUUUUUUUAACAGUUAACAGCAAUUUAGUUUAUGGCUGGCAUCAAGUUUAAGCAGGAAAAUCACUUCUGAAGCAAAUUCAUGGCAUGAAAAAACCAAGUUAAAGCAUUUCUAUAACAUUAAAGUAAUAGUUUGACAUCUUGGGGAACUAACUUUGAGAAGAUCGAUCCUAAAAAGUAGUUCCAGCAAGUCUCUCGAGAGGCAAGUGAGAAAAGAAAGAUUCUGGUCAUCCGUCGUCUGAGUGCUCUAAAUAGUUCUGUGUGUUUUAGAGAGCAUGGAAAUAUAAUUCUGAAAAGAGAUCCUGGUUUAACUUGUUGUUCAUAAACACGGGAGAGAAAACAAUUCAUAUCAGAUUUUAAAAAAUGGAUCACAACAUUUAUUUCUCACUUGUUGGGUGUAUUUUUGAGCCAUGCUAGCAGUUUGCACCCGCGUCCACUCUUUAUGCUAAGCUAAGCUAAGCGCUCCGUACCUAAAGCAGACUUUCUUCUCGUUUAAGAAGGUUUAUUUCCCUUAAUCCUUAAUUGUUGGACAAUUCUUUUAAAAGCGGCCUACCUCAUGAUAUCUAGUUUCCAAUAAAACAACAUAAGUUUAAAUACUCGAUGUGUUUACUCACAGGUCUGACUCCUAAAGAUGUCAACAUGUGGACACAUUUAAAUUGCAUUAAUCCAUCAUUUAAAACUAAAACAAAUCUACUUUCAAAGUUAUAGGACAUAUUUUAAUUUCCCUCAGCAUACGCAGCCCACCGACUGAGGAAAACCUCAAGUUAUGUUUGAAAGCUCUGGGAAAAACUAGAAAAGUGGGACUUUUUAUUUAUUUAAGAUGUUUUAUGGAAAUAAUCUCAUAUUUUUGAAUCCGUUGUAAACAUUCCACGCAGGAGUUUUAUCAGCAGGGAAAGUAAAAACUGAAGCACAUAAAUAUAAUUGUUGUUAACGGCUGAUCACAAAACAACAGCCGUUCUGUUCGUUGACGUUAACGCUGGAGACAAAAGACACAUGGAGGACGUCUGCCUCUUCUGCUCCAAGACAGAAUAUUUAACCGAUAGCAUGUAGCCUAAUGUUUAUGUAUUUAUGCAUUUUGUAUCUGCUAUAGUGACGUGUGGUUGUCAGCCAUCUGUUUGUGACGUUUCAACACCUUUAUGAAUGUGUUCAGUUUCCUCUCUGUUGUGCGGUUCGUCACCCGAGUGGAUUUGAAGACGUGGAAAGAGGACGAGCCUUUAAUGUGUUCACCUGACUCACUGUAAAACUGACGAUCUGAUCUGUUCAAAGUGCUUUACCCUUCAUUGACCUCCAUCAGAUGCCUUUUGGAAGAGUUUAAAAUAGAAACUCCUUUUACAUGGGAAGUAUUUCAGAACUCAUGAUUUUACAUAUAAAGCACCUGCAAGGAUCUCUUUAUGAUCACUGUGUUCCCUCUUACUGUCAUUUUACUCAAUGCUUAGUGAUGAAAAAGAUUUAUAUGGGUCUUUUUCUGGCUUUUAUUACUGUUAUUAUUUGUGUAGCUCGCGACUCCUUGAAAUUAAGCAACAUGCUGCGACACCUGCAGCCCAUCGUCAGUGUUCGUGUCUCAGAGCUGCAGCUAUCGACUAAUCCUUUGGUCUAAAAGAUGUCAGGAAAUAUUGAAAAAUGUUCAUCCCAGUUUCUCAAAAGUCUUUAAAUGUCUUGUUCUGUCAGUGCAAACCCCAAACAUAUCACGUUAGUAAUAUAUUAAACAAAAAAAGCAAGAAAUCUCCAUAUUUAAGAGGCUUUUUCUGCAUGAAACAUGACUUCAACGAUUCCUCCAUUAUCAAACGUCCACUUCAUUAUUAUUUCCCAUCGUCUUUAAUUCAAAAUGUAAACGCUUUAAAAAGUUGGAAGUUUCCUUGCUUUUGAAAUACUUCCCAUGUCCACUUAAGCUUGUGACCAAAUGUUAAUCUGUGCAUGUACUGUGAGGAAGUAACCUGCUCUACUAUUGGAAGAAGUCCAAGCGUUAAUGAGUGAAGUGUCCAACCUGUAGUUCAGUCAGUGAGACUCAGUGUUUCCCCCGGUCAUUCGCAGCUUGUGUCUUACUUUCUUUCUUUACAUCCCUCUGUCUUACAGAGUUAGUCCAAACAGGAAACCUGUAUAGUUCUAACUUUUAUAUUUUAGUGCCAUCAGAGGAGUCGUCGUACUGCAAAACCUCUGCAUCAUGUAAAUUAAUGUUAUCAAUGGUGACCAGGUUUGAAUGAAGGUUCACUUAAUAAGAUCGUAUCAUCUGUAAGCACACAAAGAUCUCAGCCAACCCUACGUUACAAAUCUGUACAUUUAAUAUGUUAUUACUUGUUUUUUAGAAUGUGCUGCUAUUUCGUAGCGUUGUUAUAACCACAGAUGAUUAAAAGUUUAAUUAAUGGUCA